AUGCACACAGGGGAAGGUAAGAUGAUACUUUUAUGAACUGUAUAUGAUUCUGUCUUGGUUUAUAUAGAUGUUUUGAUAUUUGGCAACGAGUGAGAGACAAAACAGCCACCCGUAAUAUAUUUGGAGUUGCCUUUGUAUUUUAACUGAAUUGUACAUUUUCAGAUAUUAUACUGUUCCACAAAAAAAUCAAACUAAGCAUUAAAGAAAGAAUGAAAUAUCAUAUUUUUCUCUUCACUGUUUCUCUGAUCCAACCGGCAAUAGUCGUUCAAUUUUUGCAAUAUUGGCAUGUAUCGCCUCAUUCGUAUAAAUGUGAAAAAUGCUUCCAGCUUUACUCUUCUGAAAAGAUUUUUCCAGAUCCAACGAUUUAUUCCAGUUAUAACACUGUACUAACUAACAAGAGAUGGCCAUUACUACAGGGCUUCUAGGAAGCCCAAUUUAGAACCGAUAGAGCUAUCCAGUAUGAAUAAAGUUAGUUUAGUUUAGGUUUCACCUCCAGUAAUAACACUGGAUCAAUAAGAGAUAAUCCUUACUAAACUUGUAUAGAGCAAACUGCGGCCAGUUAAAAACUGGUAGAUCUACGCAGUAUUAGUAUAAAAUUAGUUAAGUUUAGCAUAAGUUCAGUCCAUAAAUAACAAUUGAAUCACUGUUUUAUUUUCAGAAAUUAUUCACACCACUGCAAGCGAGAAUCUCUCAUUUGCAACAGGCUGGUUGUUUCUCUCAAUCGCUCUCGGCUCAAUCCUAACUUUCACCUUUUUCACCGCUAUAUCAACCUCGUUUUAUUGCUGUCAAAAACCAAUCAAGAAAAAAGAUAAAGACACACAGAGCCUCAUCAACACAGGUACAACGCUUUUGAUAUGCUAAUUGCUGCGAUAUAAAUAAAGCUAGGGGAAGCUGAUAAUCUUUCCUGAACGCUAAAUUCGAAGGACACAGCAAAAAUGUGACCCGGAGUGGAAGGUUUACUAGGGCGCCUCUGCCUGUCGUUGUAGAUGCCACAUCUGAUCACGAAGCACAAUCAAGGUGGAAGGGAGGAACACCAGAGUACUUGGAAAUAGCCUGCGAACAGGCCCUCCUGGGUUAAAAACCCUCAAAGCACAGAAGAAGACAAACCACAAUUGUAUUGACAUAAGUUUUCAAACACAGAUCAGAGCAGUGUUACUACAGGACAGCCAGGCUCUGCUUAUGCCCGUAUAUUGCCCUAACAACAAAUAUCCCACCCUAGACCUUCUGUAGCAAACUCAGUAGUAAGGAGCAGCGAGCUAACCGUAUCUGCUCUAUUUUCUAUAUUAUUAGGUAACUCAUCACAGAAGCUCCGCUUCCCAAACGUCCCAUCAACGGUCUACCCUACAAUUCAGUCCAUCUUACAACAAGAGGAUAACGAAGUCAUCGACUCUCUCUGUCCUGCAUAUCGGGAACUACCGAGUACACACUUCAGUUAUGUCAGUAGUUUCAAUGGAAGCAUUACUACUGAUUCAAACUCCUGUGGAAAUGAUCAAACCACGAUAUUACCCAACAGUACAAAAAGCUCAGUACAUCCUCAUACAACUUCUCAGUCAUCAGACCAACUAAAUAUACAAAGGAUAUCCAAUGGCUCUACAAGCAAUCCUGACCCAACAACCAAUAGUAGCAGAUCAAUAAAUAUAGCCAGCACAGUUGAAGAUCCUACAAUAUCGCAAGAAAGCCCCUCAUUAACCAACCCUGACCUAAUCGACGAUGGCAGUCUAUCAAUACAUAUCAUCACAGCACCUGAAGAUCCCCAGCGGUACCCAACGUUAUCAACAAGUGGGAUAAUCACUGAAGGAGACCAAACAAUACAGAGAGAAGGUAAUAAAAACUCAAGAAUUGAGCCAACGAUGAAUAAUGGUCAGUUGAAUGAGCCCGCGACGAAUGAUGAUCAGAGGUCGAAUGAGCCUGCGAUGAAUGAUGGCCGGUUGAGUGAGCCCGCAGUUAAUGACCAGCGGUUGAAUGACCAGCGGUUAUGUACCGGACCUAUUAAAAAUGCAGCGACAUCCGUUAAAAAUGCAAACAAUGCAAUUAUUUAUGACAGUUCCCGAGGUGCAAGUAGUUUUGGUGGGGUUGAAUUAAGUCCAAAAACCCGAGCAUUUUCCCCAGAUUAUUAUGCAUUGACAUUCAGGAGAGAAGGAUCGGGCCUCUCAGAUGUUAGUUGUGGUUCACUGCGGGGUGCCAGCGCAUUUGCUGGCUCUUCAGAGCAGCAGAGAUCGCCAAUGAUGAUGAGCCGUGUACAUGAACGUGGGGCAAGUGCGUUUGGACAAACAUCUGAAGGGUUGCAUGUAGAAACUGGAGGUUCCUGCAUGAAUAAAACAGGAGAAUUACCAAAAAGACAGACAGAAUCCUUAAACCUCACUCAUGAAUCAUUAUUAAACUAUAAAGGAUCACAACUAGGAACUGGAAGAUCUUGCACAAUGGGGGAAACAGGAGAUGAAGCAGAAAUCUCAAACCAUAUUCAUGCAUCACCAAUAAAUUAUAAAGCUGUCAAAACCUCGCCUAAUCCUAAUCAUAGCGUGGCCGAAACAACUGUAAACUCCGUUCCCUCUGUGGAAGGCAACUCUUCAAAACUACAAUGUCAUUGUGUGGUCGAAACAACCUUAGACUCUGUUCAUUCUGUAGAAGGAAACUGUGAAAAUCAAUACUUGGAAAGAUUUACAAAAUUUCCCACUUUUCCCAGAGCAGUCUCAGCCAUAAAUAAACGUCCAAAUUCUAGCACAAGUACGAAAUCCUAUAGGGUAAAUGUCGAAAAAGGUGAAAGAGCAAGUGGAAUUAGAUCAGACUCACAAAACGACAGUGGAAAGAAAAACAGGGAGAAAUCUAUAACCCCACAACUGUACAACAGUUCUGAGAUGAAGCCAAACAAGAAAUUAAUUACUUCGAGUAACAAUCAUAUAACAGCAAACUCUCAACAACACGUAGCUCUAGAUAAACCAAUCAAAACGUUUCAAACUACCCCACGUGAAAACACUACACCAAUCACUAUCCUGCAAAACACACCACGUGACAGUAGCAAACCAAUAAAAAUCCUCGAUACAAAAAGCAACCCAAAGACACAAAACUUAAAUACUACAUACCAGUCUCUACGAGGAGCCAGUCAACUUGGUCGUCUUGGUGAUGAUGACGUAUGCUCUGACAACGAUGCAUUUUGGGAUAGUGUUAGCUUGAGUUUUGCGUACGAUUCACCCAGUGAGGAAGAUUCUGUGUCUCAUAUUGGAUUCAAAGAAAACUAA